GUUGAAAACAGUCAGAAAACUAGUUUCAAUCAAUGAAAUUCACUCUGACUGGUUUGUGAUUUCUGCAGAAAUCCUUAGAGCAGGUAAAGGUAAAGAGGUGUAGGAGUAGUAACCUGGAUUUGGAAAGUGGAGCCAUUUUUUUCCAGGUGCAAACAGACCUUCUUUACAUAACCCAACUUUUAAAAAGUAAAGUUGUGAUGGUUCAGUUAAAAAUUAAAAUUUAAUAAAUAAAUGAGCAAUUAACACACAAAAUAAACGUUCCAGAUACAAAAUAAAUAACAAUGGCAAGUACAAAAUUUAGGACAGCAAUAACUACUUGUACAGUGGCAACUGCUGCAUUUUUUGGAGGCAAAUACUACGAGAGACACAACUUACCACAUAGAGUAAACUUAUCUUAUUAUCCAGCAUUGCCAGUAUUUGGAACCGUUGAAGCAGCUUCGUUAAUACCAUCAGAAACAACUGUAGCCAAACCUAAUUCAAGCCGAAUAUCUCAAAUAAUGAAAUAUGGUUUUCCUAGUUUGGACAGCGUAAUUUCCUACAACGAUUUCGUGAUAAGUUAUGACAAACGAAAUCGUGUAGCUCAUUGGGUUUUUGAACACUUAACCGAAGAAUCCGUGAGGAAAAAUGACGAAGUUGACCGUUCUAAAUGUAAUUUUGUAGAAGACAAAUCAAUACACCCAUAUUUUAGAUCUUACAAUUCUGAUUAUAAGCGUUCGGGGUAUGACAGAGGCCACUUGGCCGCAGCGGGUAAUCACAAAACUUGCCAGAAACAUGUAGAAGAAACUUUUUAUCUAUCGAACAUGGCCCCUCAAGUAGGCAAAGGAUUUAAUAGAGACUCUUGGAACAGAUUGGAAAAGUAUGUGAGAAAAUUGACGAGGACUUAUCCGAAUGUUUAUUGUUGCACUGGACCACUUUAUUUGCCACAAAGGGAGCACAAUGGGAAAAUGUAUGUGAGGUAUGAGGUGAUUGGAGCUAGUCAUGUGGCGGUACCAACGCAUUUUUACAAAAUCGUAGUGGGAGAAACUAAAGAUGGAAAUUUGGAAAUGGAAAGUUAUGUUAUGCCAAAUACGGCUAUUGAUGAUAAUGUACCACUUACAAGUUUUCAAGUGGCUCCAGAUGUUGUAGAAAGGGCAGCAGGUCUAUUGUUUUUCGAUAACGUUGCUAAAAACAGGAUCCAUAAAAUAAAUGGAAAGAAAACCUAAAUUUUAAUUUUAUGUAGGUAUGCAUGUGUGUGUGCGUUUGAUUUUAUUUGAAAAUUUUAACUUGUUAUAUACUAUGUAAAUGUUCCUAUAUACUAAAUAAAACCAAAGCAGCCUUUAGCAAAAUAUAUUAAAUAGUAUUUAUUUAUUCAUUUUUUUGAAGAUAAUAAUUUAUAAUUGCAAUACUACCUUUGAUAAAACAUCAAAUUUCAAUCGCUAAAAGUCGAACAAUACAAAGCUUCGAUAACCAGUGCUUUAACAUAAAUCAAUUGAAUUAUUAGAAAACAUAACUUUUGUACUCACCUAGAACUACUAACAGUAAAAGGAUGGUGUUCUAAAGAAUUAUUUAACAACUGAAAAUCCCUGAGAUAUAUACAUAUUUAACGCCAAAGCUGAAUGAUUUUCGUACAAAAUAAAUAACGCGAUUGUCAGUUGAAGCAAAGUUACAACCUAGAGUGUUACUAUUGGGCUGAUUAGUUACACAGGAAUCAUUUGGAUUAAGAAUCACAUAUACCACUGGACUUUUGUAUCUUAAGUUUAAGGCUCAAGCUACAGAACAGCUUUGAAAAAUAUUGAAUAUAAAAAAUCAAAUGAUAAUUGUGAAAGUAUAGUAUUAGUUUUAGUAUAGGAGAAUUUAUUAAUUAAGAAAAACCAGCAGAUUGAGCAUAAUAAUAUUAAACAAUCAUAACAGAAUAGAAAAACUGAGAAUGGGACAUCUUGAAGAAAAUAAUGAACGUGUAAAUCAUGGGAGAUAAUUGAAAAUGUAAAUAAAAUCUGUGUAACCAAAAAUCCAGUUAAAAGUCCUAAAAAGAUUUUACAUAUACACUCGAAAAAAACACCAAAGAGAAGGCAUUUCAUUGAUAUCGUUAAAGUAGUAUCCCUAAGAAUUAAUAAAUUACUUGCCUUAACAACAAGGCUUACAUUACAAUCUGAAAUAUUCCAACAACACUUAAAUAUUACCGGUAGCACCGUAAAACAAAAAGUUACUAUUGUAAGUUGAUGGCGUAUUAGGACUCUGACAGCUAUAAGUGAAAUCUUCUGAAAGCGUUGUCCGGUUCAUAUUGGGUUCCGAAGUGGACCUGCUAAUUUUUGGCUGAUUGCGUAGCAAGUUUUCCAAAGACGAACAUAUCUGACUGAAAAGAGGUCUUUGCGCACGUUCAUAAUUAAUACACUGCUCUAGCAAUCGUUUUAAAGUUUUAGGAGUGUCUUGACGUAUCAAAGCUAAAUCUGGUUUCAAAUACCCUCGGCCCACCAUAAAAAGAAUUUGAUCUUUAUUAUUAAUUUUGGAAUAAGGAAGUGAACUAGCGAGCAUUUCAAACAUUACAAUACCAAAAGCGUAAACAUCACUUUGAAAACUAUACGGGUUCUCUUCUUGCAUUCUAAUAACUUCAGGGGCCAUCCACAAAAUCGACCCUGUGGGUUGUUGCGAUUGCUGCGAACCUGACCAACGAGCUUUGGCCGUUGCUAGACCAAAAUCGCCAAUCUUAACAGUCAAAUCGUCAUGCAAAAAAAUAUUAUUCGAUUUCAAAUCUCGAUGAAUUAUAUUUUUUGCGUGCAAGUAUUCCAUGCCUUGUGCAAUUUGCCUCUGAAUCUCUAUGAGCGUAAACAGAUAAAACUUAGAUUCAGCCACAUGUAAGUGCUUAUACAAACUGCUUCCGUCACACCAUUGAGUUACUAUGGCCAGUUGGGGCUUGCUCACACAACCCAUAAACAGUAAAAUGUUGACGUGGCGGGUUUUUCGUAGUACUGCGACUUCGUUUUUGAACGCCUGCAAUUGAGCUACGGUCGGUAUUUUAACAUUUAGCGUUUUAACCGCCACAGGACCGUGCCAGUGAGCUUUGUAGACGGUACCAAAUGAGCCGGAUCCCACUCUGGCACCCACCAGGAUUUCAUCUGCAGGAAUUUCCCAGUCUUCUAUGCUUUCGCGUGGUGCUAACAGUGGCUUACUUUCAU